AUGGAACGACUUAACCAAGAUGUUCGCUUUGAGAUAUUCAACUUUGUCGCAGAGUUUGUCGACGAUAGCGUCUUUAUCCUGAUGUGCGUCUGUACCGAGUGGCAAGCCCAGGUACUUCGCUCGCCGUGGCUUUGGCGAUAUAUCACCAUCUCGGAUGAUACCGAGGACUUGGAUGCGAAGAUGACCAUGCAGCUCUUCAUGUCACAAGAGUUGCCGCUCGUCGUUCGUGUAUAUGUAUCGCUUUUGUCUUCAGCGUAUCUGAAUAGGAUUCUUCACCGGCCAAUCGCGGCCUUGGUUAUCAGUAGCAAGGGGACGGAACUGCUUCCUGAAGAUAUAUUUACAACCCUCACGAACGUCCUCUCGGCACAUCCUCCGCAUCAAAUCAGGCAAGUUAUGUGCAUAUGGGGUGGUGCUACGGAUGAUAUUUAUUUUACACCAGCGAGUGUUCAGGAACAGAUUUAUGAUCGCGCUCUUCUUGAAGACGUGGAGAGCGUUGUCCAGACAUACCCGGUAGUCUUGCUUACACGAUUUAGUAUGACCGCAUGUGUAAGCCGAUUUAUUACCAUGGGAGAUGGCCCAUCAAAGAUAUCUCUGACGGCGUUUAUGUCAUGCGUUCGCUGGCUGACCCACCUAGUAUUGUUGACAAUGGACUAUAAUCUCGUUUCGGAAACGACGGACAAGCUACACGAGGUCUUGUGGCUCCCUCGACUUCAGGAACUAGAGAUUACAUUUUCAGAGGAUCUCACCUCGUUUACGUCCAUUUUUGCCACCCCUAACCUCCAGCGGCUCACUCUCCAUGGGGCAUGGGAGCAAUUAUGUGGAUACCUCUCCAUUUCAAAGUAUCGUCUCCAACUUAAAGUCCUUUCCCUUCAUAUUAUCGGGGACCGCUGGCAACAGCCGUCUGAAGAAGAAUACAAGGAUUUAUAUAACCGCCGUCAUAUUGCUCUCACUCUCGAGAUUGACAUGGAAAUGACUACUGUCCGCGUUAACGGACUUUCUGAAGCCUUUGGAAUCUUUCACAGAGUAUUGGUUUCGUCCCUGACUAUCGAUCGCGUCUACGCAUACAUCCCCAGCGAGUAUACCAUACUAUUGCAUGGGUUGCAGCUCGAUCAUCCACCACAUACUAUCCAUUUAUCAAGUAGGUCUUGGGAUAAUGUCAAAGAGCUACCUACACUCCCAGCCUAUUGCGACACUCUGGCCGUAAUAGGUGUAACUGGGAAACCACCACUUCGUCAGCUACCUUGUCCAAGAGGGCUAGUCGUUGCAACACGUCACUUUUCGUUCUCCGACCUCCCGACCUCCUGGGCUCCUACGCUCUCCGAGAUCGAGGCCGACAGAGCGCCGGACCACAACCCCAAGAUCCCACACAAGCCAAUAAAAGUGCAAACAUCUUCACCUGGGCAAUUGGGCAUAAACUUAGUUUCCCUCCGCUGUCUGAAAUGCCAGAUACACCUCGCAAUAGAAGUGGUGACCUCGGACCAUCGCUUCCCAGCACUCGAAGAGUUGUACAUUGUAAGAAAGUUCUACCAUCAUAAAAAAGAGGUAGUCCAACUUCUCACGCUUCUCCCGGGGGCGGUAGGCAAAGUCAGUGAUGUGCCUCUAUCACCAAGGCUUCCAAAGUUGCAUACCCUCGGAAUCGAUUGGUUCCCUGAGUGGGAGUAUAUAUGUACUUUACGGAGCGUUGGGCCAAAGCGCAUGACUUUACCACUGUUCUGA